CCGCAAACUGCUUAAGGGCUCAACAUUUGGAUUUUAUGCAGGGGAAUAUGCUUAACAAGUACCGACUUUUAGGUUACACUAUCAGCCCAAAAAAAUAAGAGAAAGCAGUAAAAGGUUGUUGCUUAUAACCUCUCCUAACAGAAUCAUCAGAAUCUAUUACAAAACUGGCGCUCCACGAUAUUUCUACCGAAAAAAUAUAUUAAAAUGCAAUAAAAAAAAUAUAAUUUAUGACAGCAUAAUGAUGUUAUGUAAUUUUGCAAGUUAUAUAAUUACUUUGAAGUAAUAUCAAUAUUAGACCUAAGUAUUUAUAAGUAAGUCAGUUACAAUCACUCUUCUGUAUAAUCGUAAACAAAAUAUGCAAUAAAUAUCUCAUUUGCAUGUUAGCAUCCAGCAAAGUAAAUCAUAGAAUCUAGAAUGAAACAUAACAAAAUGUAACUACUAUUAUAAACAAUCAAGGAUUAUGUAAAUACAUUUCAUAAUUAUAUGGCAAUGGCCGAGACCUCAACCAGUCGUCCUGCAGGCGCCCAGCGAGGCAAGCGUGAAUAUGUAACAUAACAUUUUCAACAGCAGUUCGGUUUAAAGUGAUGUGUUUUUCAAAAUGAAGUUUCUGACAGUUUUUGUUUUAAUCGUGACUCUAUCGUGUGAAGGCCAGCGCCCCCCAGCCCUCCCACUGUCUCCGAUCAGUUUUCAACAAAUAGCAAGAGGAUUUACCAAUCUCCCGGGCCGGCCCCCGACCGUCGACAACAUAAUAAUCCGACAUUAUAGUACAAACCUGACCUCACCCCGGUCUUACCGCAUCAGGAAUGCAAAGGCUUUGCUGACAGGUCCCGACUUCGAUGUGAACAGACCGACAGUGCUGUAUGCACAUGGGUACGUGGAACUGCUAUCUGACGAGAGCAUCCAGACAGUGAUGUCGGCGUACCUGCGGCGCGGAGACCACAAUGCGCUGCUGCUGGACUGGUCCAACAUCGCCUUCGGGAACUACCUCGUUAUUGCGAAGACAUUGCCUAAGGCUGGAGAGCAAAUUGGAAAGAUAUUGCGCAAGCUUGUGAAGCGAGGGCUGCCUGCUGAAAAUCUGCAUCUCGUUGGACAUUCCAUGGGCAGCCAUUUUGUUGCGUAUGCUGCUAGGUACUUGUCGUCUAAGGGGAUUCAAGUCCCAAGAAUAACCGGUCUGGACCCGGCAUACCCUGGUUUCUACCCGCCACUAGUGGCGCCCCCUAUGGCGGCAUCAGACGCUCGCUUUGUUGACGUCAUCCAUACGGACGGCGGUGGCUUCGGCACUCCCACGGCCACUGCCCACGUCGAUUUCUGGCCCAACGGUGGGCAAGCCAAGCAGCCAGGAUGUCUGUCGGCCACUAUACCACUGACUUCUGAAGAUUUCUGCAGCCACUGGCGCUCCUGGGCGUUUUGGGCGGAGUCCCUGACCAGUGACGUAUUCCUCGCUCGGAGAUGCUCGGACUACGACGCGUUCCUCCGCGGCCAGUGCCAGCAGGAACCGCUCGUUCUGAUGGGCUUCAAAGCGUCGCCGGAUUUGCGAGGAAACUACUACCUAAGAACGGGUGCAAAACCUCCGUACGGACUUGGUUCAAGAGGAGCAGAAUAAAGACAAAGACUUUGUAAUACUUGAGUGAUUUUAAAGUAAGUUACCAUUAGAUUAUUGAUGACUUACGGUUGUAUUUUUGGUAGAAAUACAUAAAAGUACACUUAAAAAAGUAAACAUUGUCUUUACGAUAAAUCAAAAUCAAUGAUUUGCUUUCUGACUGUACAAAAUCAAUUUUGUGAUAGAAUUGGUUGAAAUGUGGUUACAAAUGUAUGUGCCAUUAGACAAUAAGCCUAGUAUUAAUAUGUGAUGGUGAUUGCAUGCAAAAUGUAUUUUGUCGCUUACUAUGUAAGUAUUUCGUAAUAAUUAGAUGUA